CCCUCGUACCACCGCCAGCCCAGCCGCGGUCCGCAGGAGCCGCCGCCGCAGCCUGCCGCCGGGCGGGAGUGUGGUGCCGGCGCCGGCCUCGAAGCUCGGCCCUCCGUGCCUGUGCGUCUCGCCGCCUCGGUCUGCUGGCCGGGGCCCGCUGAUCAGCCCGCCCUCCGGCUACCAUCCGAGGCUCCCCGGCCGCCGCAGGGACCCUCCCACCGGACCCUGCCGGGCUGCCCGUCCUCGUGUACGGGCCGCUGCCGCUGAUGCCAGCUGGCGGAAGGCUGGCAUGGAAGGCGAUGGCUCAGACUCGGUGAUUGCCAUUAAGAAUAUCGAGAGAGAGCUCAUUUGUCCUGCAUGCAAGGAGCUGUUUACCCACCCGUUGAUUCUCCCUUGUCAACAUAGUAUCUGUCAUAAAUGUGUAAAAGAACUCUUACUGAUACUUGAUGAUUCAUUCAAUGAUGUGGGAUCAGACAACUCCAAUCAGAGCAGUUCUCGACUGUGGCUGUCCUCCCCUAGCAUGGAUAAAAUGGACAGAAUUAACAGACCAGGCUGGAAGCACAAUUCCUUGACCCCUAGAGCAACUACUUUUCGUUGCCCUGGCUGUGAGCAUGGUGUGGAUCUUGGAGAGCGAGGAAUCAACGGCCUAUUUCGAAAUUUCACUUUGGAAACUAUCGUUGAAAGAUACCGGCAGGCAGCCAGGGCAGCCACGGCCAUUAUGUGUGAUCUUUGUAAACCGUCAUCUCAAGAAUCCACAAAAAGUUGCAUGGACUGCUGUGCAAGCUAUUGCAAUGAGUGCUUCAAAAUUUAUCAUCCUUGGGGAACUAUAAAAGCUCAGCAUGAGUAUGUGGGCCCAACCACUAAUUUUAGACCCAAGGUUUUAAUGUGCCCAGAACAUGAAACAGAGAGAAUAAACAUGUACUGCGAAUUAUGUAGGAGACCGGUUUGUCAUCUCUGUAAGUUGGGUGGUAAUCAUGCCAAUCACUGUGUGACCACUAUGAGCAGUGCCUACAAAACCUUAAAGGAAAAGCUUUCAAAGGAUAUUGAUUACCUUAUUGGCAAGGAGAGCCAGGUGAAGAGUCAAAUUUCUGAACUAAAUUUGCUAAUGAAAGAAACGGAGUAUAAUGGAGAGAGGGCUAAAGAAGAGGCAGUUACACAUUUUGAAGAGCUCUUUAAAAUUCUAGAAGAGAGAAAAUCAUCUGUUUUGAAAGCAAUUGAUGCAUCUAAGAAACUAAGAUUAGACAAAUUUCAGAUUCAAAUGGAAGAAUAUCAGGGGCUUCUAGAGAACAAUGGACUUGUGGGGUACACUCAGGAAGUGCUUAAGGAGACGGAUAAGCCCUGCUUUGUACAGACUGCAAAACAGCUCCACUUCAGACUACAGGAAGCGACAGAAUCCUUGAAGAGCUUUAGACCUGCGGCUCAGACUUCUUUUGAAGACUAUGUUGUUAAUACUGCUAAGCAAACAGAACUUCUGGGAAAAUUGUCCUUUUUCUCUAGUGGAAUAGAUGUGCCAGAGAUCAAUGAGGAACAGAGCAAAGUCUAUAACAGUGCUUUGAUAAACUGGCACCAUCCAGAGAAGGAUAAAGCUGAUAGCUAUGUCCUUGAAUAUCGGAAGAUUAAUAGAGAUGACGAAAUGAUGUCUUGGAAUGAGAUAGAAGUGUGUGGCACAAGUAAAGUUAUUUCAGAUCUCGAGAGCAACUGUAACUAUGCUUUCAGAGUAAGAGCCUACAAGGGCUCAAUCUGUAGUCCUUCCAGCAAGGAAUUGAUUCUUCAUACGCCUCCAGCUCCAGUUUGCAGUUUCCUCUUUGAUAAGAAAUGUGGAUAUAAUAAUGAACACCUCUUGCUGAACUUGAAGGGAGACCGUGUGGAGAGUAGGGCUGGAUUCAGUCUUCUGCUCGUGGCAGAACAUAUCCAAGUGGGUUAUUACACAAGCUUAGACUACAUCAUUGGAGAUGUUGGAAUCACAAAAGGGAAACACUUUUGGGCGUUCAGUGUAGAACCGUAUUCCUACCUGGUGAAAGCAGGAGUUGCUUCCAGUGAUAAACUGCAAGAAUGGCUCCGUUCUCCCCAGGAUGCAGUGAGUCCAAGGUAUGAGCAAGACAGCGGGCAUGACAGCAGAAGUGAAGAUCCUGGUUUUGAUUCUUCACAGCCCUUUACGUUAGUUACCAUAGGCAUGAAGAAAUUUUUUAUACCCAAGUCACCUAAUUCUUCUAAUGAACCUGAAAAUAGAGUUCUUCCUAUGCCAACAAGUAUAGGGGUUUUCCUUGACUAUGAUAAAGGCAAAGUGAGUUUCUAUGACAUGGAUCACAUGAAAUGCCUCUAUGAGCGCCAGGUGGACUGCUCGCACACAAUGUAUCCAGCUUUCGCAUUAAUGGGCAGUGGGGGAAUUCAACUUGAAGCGCCCAUCACAGCAAAAUACCUACAAUACCAAGAGAACCUGUAGUUGAAGCAUCUGAUGUGAUUUAGGAUGAAAAAUGUGAGCAAGGUUAAUGCCUUCAUGUUAACUUUCAUAACUAAUUACAUACCAUCUACAUAUCUUGUCACUGGGCUUGUUUUUUGUGUAUGUUUCUUCUUAAAACAGAACUUCAAACAGUCGUGUUGCCUCCAUGUCAUUAUUCCGCCUUUGAAACCAUAGGAGUAAAGACACUCUUCUAAGCAACUCUGAAAUGGUUAACUUUGCAACUGGAUUGUCUUUCUUUUUUUAGGAACAGGAAGUCUAAUUUCUUUAUGUCAGCUGGUAUUGCUGACACUUAAAUUCCUUUUCUUCAAGUGCGGAGGGGAUACAAAAAUAUUUAUUAUGCUGCUUUUGUGUUUGGUUUUUCAUUUUGAUAUCAUGUUUAUGUCCUAAGAGAAGAUAAAAAGGCCAGUAUAUUUAAGUGGAAAAUUAUCUAUUUUAAGGUGUAUAACUAAUAUGAAGAGUAAAUUGCCUGGAAAAUGAAUACUGCUUUUUUUUUUCUCCCAAGACCACAAAUUGUAUUCUUGAGGACAUUUUUAAGAGUUCCCUUAGGUAUAACGCCUACAUGCAUGUGUAGCAAACAUGCUUUCUUGCAGGAAACAAAAAGUUCUUGGCUAACACAUGAUGAAACUUUCCAUUCUAUGUAAUUUUUUGCAGAAAAAUUGUGUUCAAUUUUCCUUACUCUAUGAAAAUAUUUAUGCUUAUAUCAAGUAAGUAUUUUUCACAAAUAUUAGUGAAGAUACACUGAUAUUUGAUAUGUUUGUUCUUUUUUCCCUCUUAUUGUGUCUUAUGAUUUUCAUUUUUUGGCACAAAUAUUACAUAUCAGAUUAUCUUGGUUAUGUUUACAUGUUUGAAAAGUUGAUAUAUUUUUAGUGUCAUUAAAUAUAUCAAACUAUGAAGUAACUGAUUGUAUGACAUUUUCUAUGGUGCAUUGUUUAAUAAUAAUCAUUGUAAUAUAAACCAGUAAAAAUACAAUUUUAAUUGUUCAGGAAUGAUAGUAAAACCAUAAUGACAGUUCACCCCUUUAAAAGUUAAAAAUUCUUUAAGAAUUACAUUUCAUUGAAAUUUUACAUUCAUUUCUGAAAGAUGUUCUUUCUUGGUUUUUAACUUAGCUUAUUGCUUUGAAGUUAAAAUGCUCAGAAACUACAGUUAUACACUUUAUAACCAAUCAUUUUGAAAUGUUUUUUUCAUAUUUUAAUAGAUUAAUCAAAACUGUUAGGUUUGUUUCCUUUGUUUUUUAUUUAUUUUUUAAUGGAAAAUUGUUAUUCAGGCUAAUAGCCCUUAACUAGCCCUCCCUUUCUCUCUCCCCCAACCCAGUAGGACUGUCAUGGAGGAUUUCAGCGGUAGGUAGGCUUUGUUACUCUCCCACCUAUGAAUAGCACUUUUUGACUUAGGCUGAACUGAAUGUGCAGUGUUAUGUGGAUCAUCGUGCAAUAAAGCUGCUGAUGUCACAUGUGUGGUUAAAAUUUGAGAUUCCCAGGCCUGUGUAAGCACAUAUCAUGUAGACAGUUUAAAUGUAAAGCUUUAAUAGGAAUAGGAAAGCUGUUUAAAACAUUGUACAGUUGUCUAUAAAUUGUUCCCCUGGAUUUCUUUAAUUUUUAAUAAAAAUUAAAAUGACAAGUGUAAUUAUUGA